GUUGGCCAGGUGCCUUAGAGACCAACACACUGCUUGGACUGAUUAACAAUUGGAUUUCAUUCGACACUAUCAUGAAUGACGUUUGUGUCAUCUGUAGAAAGACAUACAACGAUAUAUGACCACCCCUGACGAAUAAUGCGAAGUGGAUACCAAACCACGCGAAAGAAAAGACUUUAGCGAAGUUAUUCCAUCAUAGACGAUAUUAGGGGAGGAAAUAAAAGUAAUCGAAUAAAAGAAAGAAAAACAUUGAAAGAAGAUCAAGAAAGAGACAGAAUGGAGAAAUUAAAGCAAUUAAAAGAAGAAGAAGAACGAAAAAUUGCUGAGAAACGUCACCAAAAGGAGGUUGAAUGGGACAAAAGAGAAUUGGUGAAUAAAGAACCAGCACGUUGGCUCCACUGGCCAGAAUAUGUAUACAAAAUCAAUCCAGCGAUAUAUGAAUUCAGUGUUGGAUGUGUUAUCCGUGCUCAGUCAAACAACUUCAAUCCCAACAGCCUACAGUGUGACGUUGUCAAACAACUACAGAAUACAUUUAAAUACGAACGCCAGGAGGAACUUGUCAGUUUCAUCAUACAAAUAACUCCAUCAGAUGCUUUUGUAUAUGCUAAUGAACUUUUAUUCAUUGCAAUACCACAUUUCACUUCAAGACCCAGCGCCAUCACACGGGAAGUUUUUAUAAAAAUGAAAAAAGGCGCUUGUUGGUGCGAGGUGCCAACCACAGAAGUGAUCGUGGAUUCACAUAAGGACAUAAAAUUUGCUCAAACUUUGCUGAAGGCUCCUGCCCAGUAUGCUGUUGUAACUAGAUUGAAACGAGACUACAUCACUUUCACUACAAUGCCAGCAAAAGUUGUGUCGUCCUAUGACCAAAGGAUUUCAUUCUCUAUAGAAAGAAACUCUUUUUCACAGAAUGAACACUUGCUUCUUUCGGCCCAGCCAGUGGACAGCGCUUCGCUUGCAGAACUUCGUUCACACAAGAACUCAUUCAAAGGGCUGCUAUCUUGCAGUCCAAUUAUAUUAACAGAAUGGGAAAGCACUGAGUUUCAGAAACCUAUUUUGGUUACGCUCCCUUGCCCACCAAAUCCGGCAAAAGUGAAACGCCUGGCAGCUAUCAGGGCCCAACGUGAAGAACGAGCAAAGAACCCGAAAAGGGCCAUGCUAGAAGAUGCUGGGCGAGAAAAGAAAAAGAGACAAAAGGAGUCGAAUGGUGGAUCGAACACAGGGAGGGCAUCUAGACAGGAAGGGUCAACAUCAGAGGAACCAUCUCUAACGCAUGUGAACGACAAGAGACCGAAUCAACGCUGGUAUAUGGGGAUUUACGCAAGCAACGAUGACGAUGAAAAUGAUCAACUCUACUUUGUCGCCUGUUGUGGAAGUAAAGUAUGGACUGUUGUCAAAGAAAUUGCGAUGUCACAGAUCAAACUGGACCUACUUCAAAUGGAAUUAUCGCGUCCUUACACCAAAUUUAUGGUUCUGCGUACAAGAGUAACGGUGGACGAGGAACAGGCAGCGAAAAUGGCCAUGAAAAUCGAGAGACACCUCGGCGAAAGACUGGUGCAAGUGAUUGCCAAACAGAA